AUGGGAGCCGAAAUCUCGACUCUCAAGGCUGCUCCUCCCAAACAAGAGCCCGAGAAGAAGGCGCAACAGUCACAAUAUCAUGAUCUAAGGAACCCGGUAAGCUCCGCCCAGUUAUCGUGCAAAUCGUUGGCAAUCUGCAGAAAUACGUGGAAAACGACGGAAAAUCAUCUCGAUCGACGUCAUCGGAAUCUUCUCUUUCGUCCGAAGACGGCGACGAAAAGAGAGAGCCGAAGUCGUGUAUGGACGGGGAGAAAAAGAAGAAAGAGGAAAUUUCGACGCCUUCUGGAAACAUUCUGAAGGCUCUUCAAGGGUUAAGCCAAGAGGAAAAGAAGAAGAAAUCGGAGGAAAUGCUCAGAAAAGUGUGGAAACGACCGCAUCCGACGUGGCGAAGAAUCACUGCGAUGACGAACAAAACGUCAGAGAGAACGGACACGGAGGGACAACUGAGCGAAGAUGUGAAGCGGGAGCUGGACUUUGACUCGGAGAAGAUCAUCUACGACGUGCCGGGCGACCACUGCAACCUCAAGACGCCCAAGAACCGGACGACGAGAUCGUGCCCGGACCCGUGGAGAAAACACGGAGCACACGCGAAACUGUGCGAAGUGAGCCGUCGUUCUCCGAAUAGUCUGCCUAAUUCCCCCUUUCAGAUUGGGGGAUCCAUGCCCGAGAAUCGAGCCAAGAACUCAAAGUGCACGGCCAUCAAGAAGGGAACUGUUCCGCCGGCUCCUCCCAGUUCGUUUUUAUUUUACAUUCAAGAGCCCGACAUUUCUUUCAGAAACUAAACCUCUCCUCACUGUGGAUGAUUACUUGAAGCUGCUCAACAAGAAGUAG